AUGGCCACAAACGGUGACCGAUUCGUGGACUACUCGUACCCAGGUCUCGACACUUGGCGCCGCGAUGAGCGAGCAGGCUAUGUUCACAAUACAUCUGGCAAGGCGAAGCGGAAGUUGAGCAGAGACGAUGCCUGUCAAGAGCCCGAUCCACAGGGGCCUACUCGCGAGAACGCCAUGGUUGAACGGAGCGCCGGGAACACCCUGGGUUCGCCCAUGCAGUGUGAACUACCAAUACUACCUGCUGUCCACGAGGACGACACCCAGUCAUAUUACGAUCACGACUCGAGUCCUAUCGGCGGGCAUUCCUCGGGAACACACGGCCCACCUGAAACCGAUACUACAAGACAGGUAGAUCCCGGGUCACAAGAAGACCCUGAUGCUCCCGACUUUAUUGGAAGCGAAUCGCCUCAAAGUGGCAGGCGAAGUAAGCGCAUACGAGUCACGAUUGAAAAGCACACGUUCAGAAACACACUGUACUAUAGAGACAGCCAUGGAAACAAGAUCGACACAGUUGCGAGGGAGUGGACAAAGGUGGAUGGCGGAUACGAGAAACAAGGCCGCAGGCAUGUGUACUUCGCGAAGAGCUUUCCAAAAUAG